CCUGAGGUAUUUGUCCUAAACCUCAAGCAGACGCUCACACACACUGGAAUGCACUGCAUGGUUGCAUAUACAUAAACUGCUAAAAGCUACAAGGACCGCAGGCCACUGGCUGGCGUAGAGCACAGGCUUGUGGUGGGCUGUUUGUCUGCGUGAAGCUGGCAUGGCCUUCCCGUUCCCCUGCAUCUGUUCCCCAUUAGCAGAGCCGAGAGUAUAAAGCAGGGAGCUGACAGGGGCUGGGAACACUUGGAGUUCCUGCCUGGAUCAUGGGGUUUACUAUCUGGCUGUGCGUACUCUGCCUGCAGGCGAGCCUGCUGUCAUACACCCUUGGCUGCUCGGGAGUAACACAGGGAGAGCUGUGUGUCAGCGGACAGACCGCAGACGGACAGUAUGAUGAUCAGAAGCAGCAGAGGGCGCUACCCUUAACUGAAGAAUUGGUUUUGUUCAGACGUAAGAGACAGUUGGAGCGGAGGGGUCCCACCCACCUGAGCCAGUCCAGCCUGCCCGGGUCUGUCUCCGUCAAAGGCUUCCCUAACACUCUCAUCCAGGCUGAUAGGUCCAGGCGACACUUGGCUCAAGCUGCGAAUAAGAAAAAGACCAAGCGUAAAUCCCGCGUCGGCUCCUUCUCCCUACUUAGCAACGACAAGACAUCCACCCCCCUACAGGUGACUAGAGUAAGAAGACAGGUGAAGGGCGAGCCACCCAAGAGGAAUUCAAAUUCUGGAGCUUUCUCUGUCCUGGGAGAUCCACAGAAUGACGGUGAGAACGACAGACCCAAAAGAAGCAUACGGAAGAGGAGUGCUGCGAAAUAAAAUGCUCUUUUGGCAAAGGGGUGUGCACAGUACAACUGUGUCAGAAUCUUCCCCAAAAAACAUGUAAACACAAACUGAAGAUUGGUGUGAAAAUCUGACAUUUGGAAAAAGAACUUCUGUUUAUUUGGUAAUAUUGACUUGUGUCCAUUACUGUUUAAACUGUAAGCUUACUUUUAUCAGCCAGUCUGCACUUACGGAUACUUUUUAUAUACUAUUUUAAGUUUCUAAUAUAUUCCUGCAUGUUAUAAAAUCACAAAUGAUCCCAUAUUAAUAUUAUGCCAUUUUGUUGUAACCUAUUUAAUCAGAGAUUCCUUAUGAAGAUUGGGGGUAUAUUUUUGCAGAAAUAUUUCUUGUGUUGUAUCAUAUUUCAAUAAAAGUUUAGUCGAGA